CUGGCCAAAGGUGCAACGCUCCCUCCAUCCCCAGCCCUUUGUCUUUUUAUAGCUCCUCCUCCCUUCUCUUUUCCCUUCUCAAUUUCAUGCCCUCGAUGGGCCUCGUACCUCCUCUUUUUCAAGUUUUUUGGACCCAUCCCUCAAAACGCAACCGCUGUGGGUUUCAAGCAGGUAAGAAAACAUUCCAUGGCAAAGCAGAAAGAUAAGAAAACAAAGUUUAGUUUGGUUGGAUUUUGUGGGCUGGGACGAGAGGCGAAGAAAGCCCUUCGGUUCAAAAGAUUUAUAUAGAAAAAGAGAACUGCUGUGGUUGCUGCGACUACGAUUGAGGAAUGGGAGGGAGGAUAAUCAAAUCCUUUUCUAUUGUUUUCUCUAAAGUUAAUCAAUCAUAAAAAGAGAAAAAUCCAUGGAUUGUUUAGGUGUUUAAACUUCGAAGUCUGGCGUUUUUUGUCCUUUGUUAACACCGCUCCUCCGGUCAAUCUGAGAGAAUCCCACUUGGUUGUUGCCUAUAGCCUUUGGCCUCAUGCUAUCAGAACAGGGGAAGGGCAUAAUUCUCCUUUGGCUCCGGGGGCCCAUUCUCUUGGUUCCUGUGCCGAGUGAAAUCCCAAUUCCCUGAUCACUUACAAACAAACAGACACUUCUGGUGACUCUUAGAUGUGUAAGUUUUGAAAAUGAUGGAUGCCUGGUAAACUCUGUGCCCCGUUGUUUUCUUGCUUGCUCUGGGAUGAUGAGAAAUCCUUCUCUUGUAGGCAGUUUAUAAGGAAAGGAACCUCUUUCCCUUUUUGGCCGUAAAAGAGGAGACCUCUCUCUGAAAUUUGGAGAAAGAAGUUGGGGAGAUGUCGAUCCUUUAUUCUGGUUCUGAGCUCCAUCGUUCUGGUUUUGCUUCAGCUUCUGUGGACGAGGCGACCUGUGCCUAUUUAUUUGGUGCCUAACGGUUUCAGCACUUCCAUGCACACUUGGAGGUCUGUCUGUCUACAUGUUAAUGGAAUUUCGAAGGAUAAGAAUAAAGACUAAGUCAGAAUUUUCAUAUUGUUGGUAAAAUCCAUAAUGUUCUAGCAAACUCUCAAUUACCUCCGAGUGCAUAUGCUGAUACAACUCAUUAGGACCAAGAUGAGGAUGUGAAUGGAGAUUGUGCAUGCAUCACAUGACUUUCUUGAAUCAUUGCUCUUUAGCUUAUUGAACAAUAUGAUCAAACACAUUGGAAAAGUUUAUGGCUCCUACCAGUCUUUUAUGUAAGAAGCAGAUGCCAUAUCUUAUCUCUUUUAUUCGAAGUUAGGCUCCCUGCUUUCCUGCUUCUGGCUCCUUUUGGAAGACUGCAGGAAAGUAACAUUACUCUGCUGCUAGUUUCUUUCAGAUGCGUCUAUAAAUUGGAUACUAGUAGUGAACGGCCUAAAAUGGCCGAUAGGUAAUACUGUUAAAGUUGAUUUGGAUAUUGGCAAUUUUAUGAACUAUUAGAACUGGUUGUCGAUUUGUUAAAUCUUUGCCAGAGAUGAAGAGAUGUCUGAACAGUCUUCUAGUAGUUUUAUGACUCACUCGAAUUUUUGACACCCUGCUAUGAUGGAGAAUGAUGCAUUUAAUGCCUCGCUAUCAAUACCAAAUCAUAAUGAAAUGGUCAUUGAAUCAGCUUUCCUCCAUAUGUUUUCAGAUCCGUUCAUCCAGUCGAGCUUUCCAGGCCGCAACAACCAUAGACAAAUAAUGGCUGGUGAUCCACUGCUGUCCACAUUUCAAGAAGCGCAAGAAGAAGCGCUGAGCAUUCCCUAUUUAGCAAAUAAUGUUGAUAUGGUCAAUGGCAAUGUGUCAUAUUCUAGACAUAUGCCUCAUGUUGGAAAUAUUUCAUAUGAUGGUUCCAGUGGAAAUGCUGACUUGAGGGAACAUUUCAUGGGGACUUCCCUACCUGCCACUUCACUUGUCAACCUUUUUUCUGACACCAAAUGUUUACAGGAAAAUAUUAUCAGUGUUAAUGCUGCUUCAACUUCCUCAUUACCAUCUAAAGAGAUGAGAACCUCUAUUUCUAGUGAUUGCUGCAAGACUAUAAAUUCAUCCGUGACGGUUUCAGUAAACUGUGAAUUUGAGUCACAAGAUGAUGCAGGCCUUCUGACAUCUGAAAAGGAUGCUUGUUUGAAUGGGCAACUAAAUUGUUCAUGGUGCUAUGAUGAAGUUCUAGGUCAUGAGGUGCCUUCCGGUAGAACAUUGACCUCAAUUCGUCCAUCUUAUCAUGAAUUAGAAAGCUCAGAGCCUGGCUGGAAGUCUAGUUUAAAUUUUCCCUAUUUAUUCGAUAACCGUGUGCCAACUAAUCAGCCGUCUCUGAGUCUUGGCUCCGACCAGCCCUCUAUUAUCAGCAUGUCUAAUGUCCCGGAGAAGUGCUUGGAAGCAAGCAGCCCUGGCAUGACUCAAGUUACAUCAAACAAUAGUGGAUGUCCAGUUUCUGCUGAAUUGCCAGCCUGCUCUCAUUCUUUGCGCAAUUCUUCCCAUGAUGUCGGCUUGGGGCUGAUGACCUUUCCUAACAAUGAGAAGUUCUCUCUGUACCAUAGAUCUUCUAGGCCAGUUCAUUUUUCCUAUGUGCUUUUAGGAUCAAGAUAUCUCCAUAUGACCCAACAAAUACUUGCUGAAAUUGCAACCUAUGCAGUUGCAGAUUCGAACGAGAUGAACGGUGACUUCUCUCUUGGUGGAAUUGAGGGUGAGCAAAAGCUGUCUUUUUCUUCAGGUUGCUCUAAUUUACGAGAACUUUCAAUGUCUGAUGAAUUUCCUUUUUCUUCUGGAGAAAUUAAAUCUCAAGGCCAUGUUGAUGGCCAACAAUGUCAGGAAGUUUCUGCAAAGAAAACCGAGCUAGUAACAAUGCUUCAUCUGGUUGACCAAAGAUAUAACCAAUGCAUAGACCAGAUCCAUAAUGUCAUAUCCGCAUUCUGUGCAACUGAGUCUGGCACUUCUCACAUGCAUGCGCAGUUUGCUCUUCAUAAAAUUUCUUCCGUUUAUAAAAACUUGAGGGAGAGAAUUACCAGUCAGAUUCUUUUGAUUGCCCAACAAUGUAGCACCUUAUGGUUGGGAGAGGAGAAAAGCUUUGAAUCUUCUUUGAUCCAGAAACAAUGGGGAUUGCAGCAGCUGAGUAGGAGCCAUCAGCAAUCUUGGAGGCCUCAAAGGGGCUUGCCAGAAAAAUCUGUCUCGGUUCUACGGGCAUGGAUGUUUCAGAACUUCCUGCACCCGUACCCAAAAGACAAUGAGAAGCAUUUGCUCGCGAUCAAAAGUGGUUUGACAAGAAGCCAGGUGUCCAACUGGUUUAUAAAUGCACGAGUUCGUCUGUGGAAGCCGAUGAUAGACGAAAUGUACUCCGAACUUAAAAAGAAGAAUCAAACUGAAGGAUCAGAUGGUGAAACCAGAGUCCAUGGAAACAUUGGCAGUCAAUGGUUCAAAUGAAUCGAGGUGUCUAAAUCUUGUUUGUAAUUUAGUGUCAGCACGCUAAUCAGGCAGAUGUUCUAUGGCAGUUCAUCUGAUCUCGAAGGUAAGUUUAUCGUGAAUUCAUCUUUAUUUUGCUUGUUUGAUUGGAUCAAUGCGGUUGCUUGAGACCGGUGUGGAUUACGGUCCUUGAAAAUUAGGUGAUUUAGUUGACCAUCUGAAUUUGGAACAAUUCAGAACUUGUAUAAUGAGUUCAGGGCCGAACAAGUGUGUUCCUUGGUGCAGCCUGAAUGUUAUCCCAGGAAGGCAGCUGUAAUUUGAAGAAUCCCACUAAAAAUGGGGUAUUGAUGA